UGUCUUGAUCGCUGGUUAAAUACGAGGCGAGUCAUCACUGUCACUCAAAUCAAGAGUAUCAUCUUCGGCAUCAGCGCGGACAUUCGCUCCUCCGUGUCCUCACGUGUUUCCACCGAACCUUCGGACCGAGUGUUCGAGACAUGCGCAUGAUCCUCGCCGCGGACUUCGUCGCCUGCUUCUCUGUGGAAUCUCGCUGUGCAGCUCCGGGUGUUUACGGCUCCUCCCGCCGCCGCUGAUGUUCACCGGCCGCCUCGUCCUCUCCACCCGCCGCUGCUGCUUCCACACCUGUGCCGGGACUCGAACCACCGGACCCACACUGUCGACAAGUCCAGACCUGUAGUGCGAUGGCUCGUGCAGAAACCAUCGAGAACGUUGCCGAGGCAACGGUCGGCAUCAACCGCCGCCUGCAGCAGCGCUGCCACAUGGACCUUCCGGUCGGCUCAGAUCGAGCCUGUCCCGGCCUGCUCGCCGCCUCCAGCCCCCUGUCUGGCACCUGCAGAGGCAGCCCAGCUCCCCGCCUCAGGUCCCUGGAGGGCCUCAGCCAGUCGCUGUCACAGGCUUCUCCUCCAAAUGAGGAGCAGCCCAAACACCUCCGCCCACCAUCUGGACCUUUAAAUCUGCCGCCCAGUGACGGUGUGAUGGAUCCAGCAAGUGCCUUCUCGCCAGAGCGCUCAGGUCCAUGUCGACUCGGGCCUCUCCCGGACCUGCUGCCUCAGACAGAGCAUCCGCCGGCGCCAGCGCAAGCCCGCGAGCAGAGCGUCCGCAGAGUGGCGAUCCAGCUGAGGACCAUCGGCGACCAAUUCCACGCCGCCGUUGUCAGAGAGCGCGGGGCCCCCUACUGGCCGGAUGUGGAGGAGGCCUGUCGGGGACUCCUGAACUUCCUCACGCAGACUCUCAGCGCCCUUUGCCGCCUCAUGUAGGCCCACUUGUGAACCCGGACGGUUGUGGGACGCCCCCUGUUGGCUGGACAGAAGCCAGCUGUGUGUGUGUCGGUCUGCUGGUUCAGACUGACGUGGAUGAGAUAUGUGGAGCUCUGCACUGGAGGAACUUUGUAAAUGCUCAUGAGCUAUGCGUUGACUCUUUCCCUGCGUUUUCUUGGGGUGACAAUUCUUUAAGAUUGGCCAUUGUUCAGUCGACUGUGAGAUUGAAACGCGGCGAUGCGACUGAUCCAAUCACUUCCACGUCGCCAUCGCAGGUGCCUUGCUACUGCCGUGCUCUGGUUUCCUCCCACGCAUGACGACAGCACAAACUAUCUCCUCAUGAGAUUCUCACCAUUGAUUUACCCCCGGGGUCACAUGGUCUCAGUGUUUACAGUGAACUCAUCGACGGCCCUGGUGGACGGAACCAACCACUGCACCCUUGUGCCAAGACUUUGCGAUCACAGUGUUCAUAGUUGCUGUACAUAUGUUUUCUUGCUGAAAGAAUCAAAACUGUGGAAUAAUCUUGAUCCGGGCCAGAGAUUAUUUUCUUCACUUCUUCGAGUCACAGUUUGAAUCCUGUGGAUUCACAAGGGUGUGACACGAUUGCUUCCCUGGUCCCUCUGGUCCUCAACAACCCCCCGUUUCUACCGUAGAUUUUAUUUAUUCCAGAGGUAGCCAUCUGUAGCCUUCUGUUCGCGUGUUCAUGAGUUUAUAUUUUAUCAGACAUUAAUUUAUUGUUUUCUACAUUCCUUGGUGAAAUGCACCCUUCUGAAGAGCAGACAUCGUUGUUAUUUCAAGUUCAAACUGGUUCUAAUGACUGGAAUUGCUUUUAUGAAUUAAAGCACAAUUUAGCGGCUGAAUUAGCGACCGCUUCACUGAUGUCAGAUUAUUGGAGAUUAUCAACGACAAUUCACUUUGAGAAUCGAAGCACUGGUUCCAAUCUGUGAGGAGAUGAAACUGGAAUUUGACUUUUCUGCCUCCCGACAUUUCAACUGACCAAUCUGACCUGUUACAGCUCUGACUCACAGUUCCGUCUCCCGUGUAGCUUCUUAGCUUAGCCACAAAGUCUGAUUUAGCUGCCUGGAGUCGACAGGUCAAAUCUACUUCUUGAACUGUUCGCACGUGACUGUCCUCCAGUAGGGUCUCCGUUACGGCCGGCUCGACCAGUUCCUGCUGCUGCUAGUCAGUGACGCGAUCGUCCUUCCAGAUGACCACGUCGUCACUCAGUCAGAGAGGCUUCAGUGAGAGCGAGACUGAUAUGAAAACGAGUCAAAACGAUUGACAAAACUUGCACUAGAUUACGAUUAUAAAGCUGCGGCCCACAGAAAAGUCAAAUACCCAUCUGCCUUGAUGUUCUGCUUGACCAUGGGAAGAGAUUUCAAACAAGACUGAAUAUUUGGGUGUCUUUCUCUGCAGGGAAGUUCUUGUUUUGUCUACGCAGUUCACCUUCUCUUGGUUUCCAGUCACACACGUCUGGUUUGUCAUGAACUUGUUUUCUAUCAACUUUUGUACUUUUUCAUUGUUUUUCAAUAAA